CUCUCACACACACUCUCUCACACACACACAGGACUAUCUUCUUGUGUUUGCUGAGGAACUACAAAAUGCGACAGAAUUUGUAUCUGCUUUUUGCAAUAUUGGCAAUUGCUCUGCUUGGGUUUUUUUACCUUGGUUACACUUUCUCCUGGCUCAGUAGAGAUGUGAAUGAUGUGCUGGAGUUCACCCCAAGUGUGGAAAACAAACAAGAUGAUAACAUGGAACUACUCUUUCCUAAAGGAAUUAAAUACAAGCAGCCAGGUGUGAGUAACAGUCGGUCAGAUGUUACCACAGUGACCCCAUGGUUAGCUCCAAUCGUGUGGGAAGGAACGUUUGAUCUGUCUGUGAUUGACGCCAUUUAUUUACAAAAGAAUAUCACCGUGGCAACCACAGUCUUUGCACUGGGGAAGUAUGUCCGUUUCCUGAAGGAUUUUCUAGAGUCGGCAGAGCAGCACUUCAUGGUUGGUUACCAAGUUCAUUAUUACCUCUUUACAGAUCGCCCGGAUGAGGUUCCUAUGAUAACGCUGCGAUCGGGGCGUCAGUUGACCAAGAUAAAAACACUAAGCUCAGACCGCUGGCAGGAAAUUACACUGCGUAGGAUGGAGAUGAUUGAAAAGCUCAUUGAGGAACGGCUUGUCAUUGAGGCUGACUACAUCUUCAGCCUUGAUGUUGACACUAAAUUCUAUGGCCACUGGGGAGCAGAGACUUUGGCUGAUAUAGUUGCUGUUCUGCACCCUGGGUAUUUUGGAACUCCACGGACAGCAUUCCCAUAUGAGAGACGUCCUGAAUCUGUGGCCUUCAUCCCACCAGAGGAGGGAGACUACUACUACGGAGGAGCCGUGAUCGGAGGACGCAUUGGAAAUGUACUCAAGCUCACAAAAACGUGCCGCACACAGCUGGAUGUUGACCAAGCAAAUAAGAUUGAAGCGGCAUGGCAGGAGGAGUCUCACCUGAACAAGUACUUCCUGUACAACAAACCCAGCAAAGUGCUCUCACCUGAGUACCUGUGGCAGGACUUCAAAGAGAAAACCAGCAACAUGAAAGUGAUACGCUUCUCACAGGUGAUCAAGAACUACGCUGAGGUUCGUCCCAAUCCAUAAUGUGCACCACAAGCUCAACCAGGUCAUCACACAAUGAAACAAACUUCUCAUCUUGUGGGUUUCUUCCCUCUUAUAUUGUAGGUAUCUAAUAUUAUGGGAUUCCUGUAGAACAUAAAGGAACAAAACUGAUAAACGUCUACACAUUAAAUUAAUCACUGCUUUGUUUAUGUGCAUUCAGUGUAGCCUAUUUUACAGAGUGUAGUUUAACCAAAGACGACAAGUCUUAAUAAUGAACAUCAUGAGAGAGAAAAUGGAACAGAAGCCUUUAACUUCCCACACAGCAUAUUGUUUAUUAAUGCAUUAGGCAAAAAUAAAAUUCCUAAAAUAUUUGGUAAAUGUAUGAUGUCUCAAUCCAAUUCAAAUACUACACCAUGGUUGUUAAAAAAGGACUUUAUUAAAAUGCUUCACAUUUAAUCUUUGACAGUUUUAAAGCAAUUUUGUGUUAAUAAUUAAAAACUGUAGUAAUUCCUUUAAUCCUGUACUUUAAGCAUAUUCUCUCUCUCUCUCUCUCUCUCUCUCUCUCUCUUUCUCUCUCUCUCUCUCUCUUGCGCACACACACCAUGGUGGUGUAGGAUUUGGGGGAUUAUUUUGUGAAAAAUAGUUAUUUAAUCAUGGAUUUAAUCAAGGAUUUAAUUUAACUCAGUGUGAUUAUUCAUAAAUAUCUCUGUCCUUUGUACACUAAUAUUUUUGUCAUGAAGAAUUUGUUCUUGUUCAUGUUUUUCUUUUAUUAUAGUCUUGUGCAUUAUCUAUAUGGUCUUUAGUUUGUCGACUGUUUUAAU